CCCAACAACCAUUGUGAAUCGCAUUUGAUUGCGGCCACCACCGAAAUUGAGGCGCUAAAGCAGGCUUUACUUGAAAAACACAAUCAAAUAGUAGCCAUGGAAACGGCAUGUAUACAGGAUACGGAACGUCAACUUGAAUUGGAGGAUAGUGUAAUUGCGUGGCAAGAUAAAUAUGAUCGUUUGUAUGAGUCGCAUAAGCGAGUGCAAAAGGUAAACCAAAGCUUGGAGGAUAAGCUAUUAAAAUUGGUGGAUCGAAAUACUGGCGAGCGAGCGCAAUUGACCAGCGAUGUGGCAACGUUGAGUGUACGUUUGGCACAGGCGAAUUUCAAUAUAGCCAAGUUGCAGCGAGAAAUUGUAAGUUAA